AUUUCACUAACAAUAUAUCAACACCAAACAUGUCGAUACCUUCUAUAAACUAUAGUGUACCUCCACCACGGUUGGAUAUGCCACCACCAGUGGCUCCAGUUCCAAUGGCGACGUCGAUGCCACCGCCGCCGAUCUAUGGACCUCCGCCAACGUUCAUGCCGCCGCCGAUUCCAUACGCGGAUAAACUAAAUCAGCCGACGCCACCUCCUACACCUGCUUACGGUCCAGUGACAACUUAUACUCCAAUUAAUGUGCCGCCACCAACUUCGGUUUACCCCAUGAUGCCCAUAGACAUGCACUCACCACCACCACCAUACUAUACCCCACCACAUGACUAUACUGGAUACAACUACAAUCAAACUAGACCAGCAUCAUCAUCCUCCAAAGACUGGCCAGACUGUUACUCUACUACCAUGUCAUCUGGGAAACCUAAACCAACAGGAUUACCAUAUUCUGAGAAGGAUGUCAGAUGCCACAGGGAUUCUCAUGAUAGACUUAUUCGCAGUUCCUCAUCAAAAAGGCGUUCUCCCGGCUUUGAUAGACACUAUGAACGCGAACGUGAAAUGCGACACCGUAGCGAACGCAGAUACAGUCGUAGUCCUAGUCGUCAUAGUCACAGUAGCUCAAGCAGUCAACGUAGUCAUGUUUGUCGCAGUCCAUCUUACUCUAGUCACAGAGAACGAGAAAAGUAUUACAGACAAAGGUUUGAUGAAAGGCGAGAGUAUGAGAGAAAAAGAUGUGAAUAUGAAAGGCGGCACAGUCCAUCUCGCAGUAGAGAUUACAGGAGUCAUAGUAGAGCUCAUGAUCCAAGAAAACUUAGAUCGCCAAGUAAGCAAAGCUUUAGAUCUCCUAGUCGAGAAUCUCGAAUGCGUAGCCAUACCCGUGAAAUGUCUCACGUAUCAAGACGAAGUAUCCGUCAAGAACCAAAACCAUUAUCAGAUCGUGAGAAAAUUUUGGAAGAAUACAGGAAGAAUUACUGCAAGACUUCUGAGGAUUUCAUAGAGAAAAUGGAGCAAUGGUCUAAAGAACACAAUUCAGAUGAAGAGGAGGUAUCAAAGAUGUGGUUUAGAAGUUCUCCUGCAGAGUUAUACUAUAAGCCAGUGGAGGAAGGUUCUGGAGUCAAACAAAGUCUUAAAUUGGAGAAGAUAUGUGAAACAUUCUUCAAGCAGCUGAUUGAAAGGGGACGAAAAGCUAGACCUGAGGUUGAUGAACUGCCCCCUUUGAGACCUUCUAAAGUUGCUAUGUGCAAACAUAAAUCUCAAGAAGGAAGUUCAUCAUCGGAGAGUGAAGAUGAAUGUUUAGAUGAAGACGGUCUCCAAGGUUACACAGACAGAAUCAUGCUGGAACUGCAGAGAAAGCAAAGUCACCCUAGAAGACUACAUCCAGAAAUGUGGUUCAAUAAUACUGGUGAAAUGAAUGGUGGUCCGCUGUGUCGCUGCAGCGCUCGUGCCCGACGUUACGGCAUGAGACAUGGCGUCUACGCAAGCGAAGAAGCUUUCCCCAAAUGUGUACCUACACAGAGCAACAUUGACAAACUGUAUCAUUACAGAAUAACAGUAUCACCACCGACAAACUUCCUGAUAAAAUCUCCAACCAUAAUCGCUCAUGACGAGCACGAGUUCCUAUUCUCUGGUUUUUCAAUGUUCUCUCACUAUAAACUGGCGAAGUUACCUACCUGCAAAGUAAUAAGGUUCAAUAUCGAGUACACAAUUUUGUAUGUGGAAGAGCCACCGCCACAGAACUUCACUGUCAAAGAAUUGGAUCUGUUUGAGGAAUUUCUAUUCUAUGAGCUGUUGGAAUUAGUUGAUUUGGAUUUGGGUAAAGGCACUGAUACGACUUGCUCGCAGUUCCAUUUCAUGCCAAGAUUCGUACGAUAUCUACCUGAAGGUGGAUGUGAGGUUCUAUCAAUGUGUGAAGUUUUGAAGUAUUUGAUUGACGAAAGUGGUUUACUUAUCGCACCCGAUACAUUGGAGGAUGUACAUAGAAUGGACCACUAUACUUGGCAGAAGUUUGUUGAUAGGAUUAAGGGUAUGAUUGUGACGUACCCGGGCAAGAAGCCGUGUUCAGUCCGUGUGGAUCAAAUAGACCGGAGUCCACCAACAUCUUCCGAUGAGCCGGGCUCGUCAGAUAAGCCUUACUAUCCAGAGAUAGUGCAUUUCGGUAUAAGACCACCACAACUCAGUUAUGCUGGGAAUCCUGAAUAUCAGAAAGCGUGGCGUUACUACGUAAAGUACAGGCAUUUGAUUGCCAACAUGGCCAAACCCUCGUUCAAGGAGCGACAAAAGUUGGCCGCAAAGGAGGCCAAACUGCAAGAGAUGAGGACCCAGAGUAAGAUGAAACGCGACGUCACUGUUGCCAUAUCGUCUGAAGGGUUCCACACUACUGGUCUUAUGUGUGACGUUGUUCAGCACGCAAUGUUGAUUCCGGUGCUAGUAAGACAUUUACGCUUCCACAAAUCGUUGGAUAGCCUCGAGAAUAAAAUUGGAUAUGUGUUCAAGCAACGGGCAUUGUUGCAAACUGCUCUCACUCAUCCGUCGUACAGGGAGAACUUUGGUACCAACCCUGACCAUGCGAGAAACAGUUUGACUAAUUGUGGUAUACGUCAACCCGAAUAUGGAGAUAGACGGAUACAUUAUACUAGGAAGAAAGGUAUUGUGACCCUUAUAAACAUAAUGUCAAGGUUUGGCAAGCACAGUGAGACGGAAUCGGACAUAAAACACAACGAGCGUCUAGAGUUCCUCGGCGACGCUGUGGUGGAGUUCCUAUCCUCCAUACAUCUGUUCCGCAUGUUCCCCGGCCUAGCUGAGGGUGGACUUGCUACCUACAGAGCUUCUAUUGUACAGAACCAGCAUUUAGCUCAACUGGCUAAGAACAUAGAGUUGGAGCAGUACAUGCUGUACGCCCACGGGUCGGACCUCUGCCGCGAGGUGGUCAUGCGCCACGCUAUGGCCAACUGCUUCGAAGCUCUCAUGGGGGCACUCUUCUUGGAUGCCGGAAUUGAUGUAGCCGAUCGUGUAUUCGCUCUAGCCCUCUGGCACAACCAGCCCGACCUCCUCGACGUGUGGACCAAAGAGAGGGCACAUCCACUGCAGGAACAAGAACCGCUUGGCGACCGCAAAUAUAUCAAGGACUUUGAGUUCCUACAGCGACUCGUUAAUUUCGAGAAUUCUAUCGGUGUCCAGUUCAAGCAUAUCCGUCUUCUUGCCCGUGCGUUUACAGACCGGUCUGUAGGAUUUACGCACUUAACUCUGGGGUCUAACCAACGAUUGGAGUUCCUAGGCGACACCGUGCUGCAACUAGUCGUGUCCGAUAGACUCUAUCGACACUUCCCUGACCAUCAUGAAGGACAUCUCUCUUUGCUCCGUUCAUCUCUAGUGAACAACCGCACCCAGUCGAUGGUGUGCGACGACCUGGACAUGUCCUCGUACGCCAUAUACAACAACCCCAAAGCUAAACCCACCACCAAGAAACACAAGGCUGAUUUGCUCGAAGCUUUUCUCGGAGCUCUGUAUAUUGAUAAGAAUCUAGAAUAUUGCCAAGCGUUCUGCAACGCAUGCUUGUUCCCGCGUCUCCAAGAGUUCAUCAUGAACCAGGAUUGGAACGACCCUAAGUCCAAACUCCAGCAGUGUUGUCUCACACUGCGGUCCAUGGAAGGUGGCGAGCCUGACAUACCUGUGUACAAGGUGAUCGAGUGCUUAGGUCCGACCAAUACCCGCGUGUAUACAGUGGGUGUGUACUUCAGAGGACAGAGGCUCGCCGCGGCAAGGGGGCACUCCAUACAGGAGGCGGAGAUGAACGCCGCUGAGAAGGCACUGAGCUGUGCCCAUGAGUUAUUCCCGCAACUGGAUCACCAGAAACGAGUGAUUGCGAAGAGUUUGCGCAAGAAGAAGAAGCGCGCUAACGGCAACAAUAGCCCUCAAGACGGGACAGCGGCUAACAACCCGAAACUGGACGAUAAAGUGCCAAAGGCUUAUAGGCUCGACACUCAAUACGAGAGUUCAGAAGAAAGCAACCCAGCUAUGUCAGAGGAAGAAGUGUUACCAGCCGAAAAGUCCAAUGAAGAUUCUGGCUUAGACAGUGACACGUCAUUACCUCAGGACAAACUCGAUCAAGUUCAAGUAAGCAGUUUAUUAAGCGAUAUGCAGAAAAUAAAAGAAGAUUUGAUCAGACGCAACGAGUACGAGAAACUGAAGGAAAAAUGUCGCCGAUCGGAUUCUGACGAUGACUAGUGAGUUUGUUAAAGCUUUAUUUGUAGUUUGUGGUUUUAAUU